CACGGCCGCACGGCCACACCGCAGAGGAUGGAGCAAAGACCGAAAUAUCGAUUUUUAGGCCCCUACGCGGCGGUUCGAUGCUCAUAUCUGCCCCGUGCCCCGUUCGCGAAGCGCCUUUCAAAACACCGACGCGUGGAAAGCGUGAAAAAGCCUGAGAAACCCGGGAAACAUUGCGAAGCCUUGUGUUACGAUUACACCCUCAGCCACCAACCGAUGUCCUCAGAGAAAAUGGCUAUCGCUGCUUCCGAAAACUACCAACUCAAGUGGCACAGUUAUGGAGCUCAUCUCCACAGCUCUGUCGCCACUCUACUUCAUUCAGAAUCAUUCGCCGACGUCCUUCUUGCGACUUCUUGUGGACGUCAUGUAGCUGCUCACAGGUUCGUCCUCGCUGCCUGUUCUUCGUACCUCAGUCACAUCUUUCAAACCUGUCAUUUUGGAGCUAAUACCAAUGCUCCAAUAAUCGUGGUUCUACCAACUGAAAUUGGAUACCGCACCCUUAAAAUUUUAAUCCAGUAUAUGUACAGUGGAGAAGCCACUGUCACCAAUGAUCAACUUGAGGGAGUACUAAAAGCAGGCGACAUUCUCAGAGUCCGUGGACUCUGGAGAUCCAAUAGCGGCAGCAAGAAGGAAAAUAUCCAGUCGAACAAUCAAAAGGUCGAACGAGACAAGAAGGAACAGCCUGUACUACCUGGACAAAUGCAAAAGAUCAAACUUGUUCAGCCAACCCCGGAGAAAGUUGCAGAAACUGUGCAGCAACCCCCAACAACUCAGAAUACCUCGCAGGGACAAAGAGGCGCCGAGCGAAAAAGCAUUGAGAAAGCCGAGGAGAAGGUCAAGGAAGCAGAGGGCAAGAAGGUUCUCGAGGAAAAUAAGAAUAACGAAGAGAACAAAAACAAGGAGAACCUGGAGGGUAGCGGAAGGAAAAGAAAAAGCGUGAGCAGCGACGUAGAAUCGACGAAAUCCAGAAGCGAAGGUGGAGAAAAUACGGAGCUUAAUCUGGAACUCCUGGUGAAGGACGAGCCGAUCGAUUGGGAGGAAACAAUCGACCCAUCGGAAUCCCUAACGAUUGAUCAUGAGAUCGACAUCAAACCAGAAAUAGUGCACAGCGCCGACGAGGAUGGAGACAUGGAGGAAGAGGAAUAUACACCGUUGACAUGCGACAUGUGCAGUCAAACGUUCAAUCGGCCAUCGGAUUGGGUUCGACAUAUAGAAUUCACACAUGCAGACAUGACAGAAAAUCGUCGAAGAAAACGGAAGGGCGACGUUGAUGACGACAGUAAAGAUUUCCCACCAUUAAAAUGUGACCUAUGCGGUAAUAUGUAUCCAACGCCUCAAGAAUGGGUGCGGCACAUUCAGACGGAGCACACGGAAGAGCAAUUGGCUCUAAUGAACAAUUCGGCACCUCCGAAGCCGAAAAGAGUUCACAGCCACCAGAAACUCUGCAACAUCUGCCAAAAAGUAUUCCCGAGUCACGCGUCCAUGGUAAUACAUCAGAGGACACACACGGGCGAGAAGCCCUUCUUAUGUUCCUAUUGUAAAAAAGGCUUUAACGUAAAAAGCAAUCUGUUGAGGCAUUUGCGAACCCUCCACGACAAAUUCGUACAUCCCAGCCUCUACGGAAGCAACGGCAACAAGAAUGCUUAAAAAGAGCCUCUUAUGUAUUUAACGUCUCUCUAACGUUUCCUAGAAUCUUUUAUCUUUUAUCCUUUCCGGUAUGAAAACUUGAGCUCAAUCUUAAGACAGUGAUCACACACAGCGACGACCAUUCUCACCUAACGUUAUCUUUUUUAUUCGUACAAGAGUAUCGUAGGAAGCUAGAGAGUCUGAAAUGACGGUCGUGCUGAAAAUUCAUUUUUGAUGAUAAAAAUUUAAAAAAAGAGAAAAAAGGACAGUACGGAUCGGCUUUCGUAUGAGUGUGCGCUUUGAUAAGAAAAAUACAAAGUAUUGCUAUGUCGACAAACUCUUGAAUAAUUAUUUCUUUGAUCGCUCAGUACCUGUCGCCGCGUGGAUGCUGCUAUCGAUCACGGGAAAAUAUUCUAGGUUCACAAAUUAGUUUCGGGUGACAUCGACAUUUUUUUUUUUAGUAAACCAAACACAUGUGAACGCUUCCUCUAUAAUUUGCGAAAAACGGAAAGUGAAAUUCUUCAGGUGAUUUCAAGAUUCAGUAAAUCGAUUGAUACGCUUCAUAUUUUUCUGUUGACAACGAAGAAGCAAUACCAGGGUUUUUGAAAACCAAAGAGGCUGAGUAAUAUUGCCAAAGAAUUUGAUUUCGUUGCUACAUCGAGUUGUUUUUCGAAUCGUACUAUACUAUUCCAAAAAAGAUUUAAAAAAUCCAUUUAAACUUCAAGUUAUAGAAAAGUAACUCGAGUAUGCAUGAAGAACAAUGAAUGACUUAAUAAUCUUUAGAGGUCUUCGCAGGUGUACUUGCGUGUAAAAUAUUUCCUAGUUUAAAUUGCCGUUUACGAUCAAUUACUUAUUUACUUAGGCGCAAGAAUUCAGUACACAAUGAAUGUUAAAUCAGGAAUAAACCGGAGGCUUAGUACAGUACAUGCUCCAAUUUGUUUCUCAUUUAAUUUUAGUCAGCUAUUGAAAUCUUGACUCUUAGUCAUCAUUUGAGAUCCAAAUUAAGUAAGAAUUAACUGUAUACUUCUAGGCUAUUCCAUCCAUGGUAGCCCUCUUAUUCCCGCAGUUUAUAAGCUAAUUAUGUAUUUUUAUAUUAAAGUAGUUUAUACAUAUAGGCAUAAGAGGUAAGAUACGUCUAUAAAAUAAAUUUUGAACUUCGAUUAGGCUAGGAUGCAAAAAUAAGAUAUAUAUUCGAAAUUUAUCAAAAAAUUUUGGAAAUGUAUUGGAUUCUUCUUACGUGUUACAAAUGCGAUGCUAUCAAAAUACGGUCACAGUAAAACAAGGGAGGAUAUAAAACUUACGAUACAACAUCAUUUUAUC